CACCCCCUCUCAGAGCGUCAGGCUGAGGCAGUUGGUUCGCUCCACCGUGUCUGGGGCUCAGCGAGAGCUGUGAGAGGCUGUUAUUUAGGUCUGUUACAGCAGACAGGGAGCAGCUCGCCCAAGGGCAGGGGGAGAGUAGAGUCAGAGUCACACUCGGCACAGCACAGCUUAGCACAGGACAGCACACCGCAGGACAGGACAAGACAGGACAGCACAGGACAGGACAGCUACAGCCACAGCCAGGCAGGAACCAGCUCUGCAUUCCAGCUGAGAGGGGAAAGGGGGAAACUCAAGCGUCGGCAGGAAAGGACAGCAGAGAGACAGAGAGAGAGAGGGACAGGGGAGGAGAGCAGAGGAAGGUAACAGGAGGCAGUAGAUCUAGCUAGCUGUUGCUGGUGUUUGUUGUUGUCACUGUUUUAGUGAGUGACGUGACUGGUUCUAGAGGAAGGGAGGGCACAGGCAAGUCUGAGGGCUCAUAGUGGUUUUUGCAUUUUUUUUUUUAAAGUGAGGGCGGGGGGGUACACUGAGGUGUGCCAUGUUCGACUGUAUGGAGGCUCUGGGAAUGGGCCCCCGUCAGCUCUAUGAUGUCACCAGCCGCGGUGCAUGCAUGCUGCGGAAAGCAAGCCCUUUCUUUGCGGGGCUGGACCCCUUCGCGUGGACGGGCAGUGCCAGCGUUCAGUCGGUGGAAACCCAGAGCACCAGCUCAGAGGAGAUGGUCCCCAGUUCUCCGUCUCCACCUCCCCCUCCCCGUGUCUACAAGCCCUGCUUUGUGUGCCAGGACAAGUCCUCAGGGUACCACUACGGGGUCAGCUCCUGUGAGGGCUGCAAGGGUUUCUUCCGCCGCAGUAUCCAGAAGAACAUGGUGUACACCUGCCACCGAGACAAGAAUUGUCAGAUCAACAAGGUCACACGCAACCGCUGCCAGUACUGUAGGCUGCAGAAAUGCUUUGAGGUCGGCAUGUCCAAGGAAGCGGUGCGUAAUGACAGAAACAAGAAGAAGAAGGACGUGAAGGAGGAGGUUGUGCUUCCAGAAAGCUACGAGCUAAGCGGAGAGUUAGAGGAGCUGGUCAACAAAGUCAGCAAAGCUCACCAAGAAACCUUCCCAUCACUUUGCCAACUGGGCAAAUAUACCACCAACUCCAGUUCAGACCACCGUGUCCAGCUGGACCUGGGUCUGUGGGACAAGUUCAGUGAGCUCUCCACCAAGUGCAUCAUCAAGAUUGUGGAAUUUGCCAAGCGGCUGCCAGGCUUCACUACCCUCACUAUUGCUGACCAGAUCACCCUGCUUAAGUCCGCCUGUCUGGACAUACUGAUGCUUAGGAUCUGCACACGCUACACCCCUGAACAGGACACUAUGACCUUCUCAGAUGGCCUGACUCUGAACCGGACUCAGAUGCACAACGCUGGCUUUGGGCCACUUACAGACCUGGUGUUUGCCUUCGCUGGCCAGCUUCUUCCCCUGGAAAUGGAUGACACAGAGACUGGCCUCCUCAGUGCCAUCUGCCUUAUCUGUGGAGACCGUAUGGAUUUAGAAGAGCCUCAGAAGGUGGACAAGCUGCAAGAGCCUCUGCUCGAGGCCCUGAAGAUCUAUGCCCGCCGCCGCCGCCCCAACAAACCCCACAUGUUCCCCCGCAUGCUGAUGAAGAUCACUGACCUCAGGGGCAUCAGCACCAAGGGUGCAGAAAGAGCUAUUACUCUGAAGAUGGAGAUCCCAGGGCCGAUGCCUCCUCUCAUCAGGGAGAUGCUAGAGAACCCGGAGGCCUUUGAGGACCAGACAGAGUCCAACGAGAGCCCGCCACCACCUCCCCCACCGCCACCUCCACCACCAGUCCCAGUCAUGAAACAAGAGGCCGAGGAUGAGGAUGACAGCUGGGCCACAGAGAACGGCAGCGAGCCCUCACCGGAGGAAGAGGAUGAGGACGAUGACGAUGACGUCGGGGAUGAAGAGCGAGAUAGGGCCUCGGACAGUGACGGGGAGGCUUGGGGGGUUUUGGAUGCCAUCGAUGGCGCGAGGAAAGGCCAUGUUGGGAGGGCGCAGUGAGGAGAGCAGCUUGCACAUACACUGCACACACGCUCAUGCACGUACACACAUUCACACACACACACACACAUGCACACACCUCUGCAGACAUACAAUACAACCACCCAUUCACUCUCCCACCCCCAAGAAAUGCUGGCCACCCCCCGUCUCCCCUCUUUCUCCUUACUGCACAUCAGUGUGUCUUCCAUAGAGGAGCACAGCAGAGCCUUAUCUGUACAGACACUUCUAACUCAGGCCAUAUGGUCCAUGACAAGUGAAAAGCAGAAAAACAAAAGGAGAGAUGACACUCAACUGUAUGAACUCCUGUCAUAGCCAAGAGGGAAGCUGCGUGACAAAAAGAACUUAAUCUCUUUGAGAAAACUAAAUGUCUCUUUUUUACUAUUAUUGUUUAUAUCUAAAUAGAGGAAUGGCCAAAUCAGACACCAGAACUGAACAGUUGAUUCCAACAAUGGAUUACAACAAGCACAGUUUUCAAAAGAAAACAAGAGUACAGGGCAAAACCAAACUGAGUAUGCUAAUCUUUUUUUUCUUUUGUUGGCUGUUGUUGCUUUUGAAUAUUGAUUUCAGUUUUUUCUCUUCUUGAUUUUUUUUCAAUUUAUGAAUAAGUCCAUACAUAUCUAUAUACCAUUAUAUUUUUGUCUUUAUUUGUUAUUCUGGUUUUAUAUAUGAAUCCUUUAGAUGAGGUUUUUGUUUGAAGAGCUUUCCUGAGAAGAUAUUCAGAAGGAAAGACGAGUAAUCAGAGCUCGCUGGGUCUCCCUAAACAGCUGGGGCUUUUUGGGCACUUUGGCUCGCUGUGGAUGUCAAUGAUAAUCAACCCAGUAGACUAAUUUUAUGUUGCAGUGGUUCAACCAGUUUGUGUUAUCAGGGAAUUGGCAUUAUUCUAUUUUGCUCUCAUUUGCAACCAACAUAUGCUGUCAGUGCGGAAACUAUCUAUGUGCCAAAGUUAUCAAGAGUCAUCUUUGGAAAACGACGAGUUCGACUACUGGCAGGGACACUAGCCAUGAUCCGGUGAUCCUCACAGCAGAGCACACACCCACACAUGCACUAACAUGCACCACACACAUACACACACACACACACACACACAAACUCACAUACACCCUUUCAGUCUACCCUCGGCUGUAACAGAUGUGCCAACCUGGCAUCGAGUGCCUGGACAGAGAUUUACACUUGGCCAUAUAUGUAGCACUUUUGAGAUCUUGUAUUCAAGUAAGGCACAUCUUGUGCACUGGGAGUAGAUCAAGUGUCAGUCUGUCAGCUUAUCUACAUCAGCAUGUCCAAGUGGCAACAAUGAAGACAUAUUGAAUACAAUCAAACUUAGAGCACUCCCUGAUGAUGUCGACAAAUAGAUAAAUACACACACGCACAUUUUCAGUAAGGACAACAACAUCCGCACACCUACAUAUGCAUCAAAAAAAAAAAAAAAAAAAAAAAAAAAGAUCAAAUACAUAUGCAAGUCAAAAGCAGGAAUCCUUAUGGAAGACAACAUGGAAUCAGACUCAGGGCUUUUCAGUAAGGACCAAACCCUAGCUGCUCGCGGGCACGCUAGAAACAGGCAAUAUUUAUGUGUGUAUUCUUAACUCAGUUUGAUCAGCUCAACCCCUCUGUGUGUACAUAGAAGGUGACAAGUCUGAAAAACAGCCUGGAUGCCAGUCUGCCUCUGCCGGCGGGGGGCGGGGAGCAUCAUCACUGCCCCGCCUGUGCUCGUGCUGGCAUCCUUGCAGCAAACUGCCUUCUCAUCCCAAAAGCCAUUAUAUCAUCUUGUCUUCUCGUUUGCAUCCACACUUCUCUUUAAAGAAGCCGUGGAGGAUUAUGUGUUCUCAUGUAUCAUUUCUUUAUUGCCAAAAUGUCUCGCUAGGUGUUAAGCUGGGAAAUCACAGCUGAUAUACAGAGGUUUUUUUUUUUUUUUUUGCUGUCUCUAUUUGAAGCAAUAUGAACUUAGAACUGCAGCAGUGAGAGGUCCCACCUUCUGAAUAUGGACAGGUGUCCUCAUUAUGAGUGUAUGUGUGUGUGUGUGUGUGUGUGUGUGUGUGGCUGGGUGGGAGUGCUUUAGCAUGUCUUCAGUCAUUGGGUGAAUGUCCUCUGUAUGGUGCUGUCACACAGUUUGUGAUAACCUCAACAUUUUCUCUCUCUGCAUGGCCGUCAUGAUGAUGAUGAUGAUAAUAACAAUGAUGAUGCAAGCAGAACAUUGAGAUCCUGUUGUUUAGGUGUUUUUUUUUUUUGUUUUGUUUUGUUUUGUUUUUUUGUUUUCUUUCUCAACAUGGCCAAGGUGUUGUCAACCCUCUGUUUAUGUCAACUCUUGUCAUACAAAGAAAAGCCAUAUAAACAGUAAGAGGCACAAUAAAUUACUUUUGUGAGAAUA